AUGCAGCUGGGCAGGCGGGACCCAGCCCAGGAGCGCAACCGGGCAGGGAGCAGCGCCUGUGACUCCGACAGCAGCUCGGCCCGCUCCCCAUGGGACAGCAGCAGCGCCUGCGACUCGGACGGCAGCUUGGCCGAUGGACGCUUCUGCUUCGUUCAAGUGGCAGCAGGAGUCACCCUGUCCCCUUCUCUCCCUGGUGCAGGGUCCGCCAGGGCCUCUGAGGACGAGCAGGAGGAGGAGGAGGAGGAGGAGGAGGAAUGGGUUGACGUGGUAACAGAGGAGGCUGCUCUCAAAAACAUCCGAGAGCAGCUCCAGGGCCGAGAAAAGGACGAGGCGCAGCAGCUCGUGUUCCUACACGCCAUCCACCCUGCGUGUCUCGCUGCACAGCAGAGAGGGCAGGACACAUUGGAGCCGCGCUGCUGCAAGGCAGCUGUGGUGGAGAGGAUUGUGGAGCUCAUUGAGGAGCUUCCUGAUGACUCUCCGCCCGGCCCCGUCCUGGCCAACUGCCUGAUCGCUGUGGCCAACCUCAGCACCAUGACACCUGCCUUGGAGCCGGAGCUGGAGACCCACCUCCUCCGAGCUGCUCUGCAUGCCGUUUUCACCUUGGACACGCGGACGGACACCACCCAAGUCCAGGAUCUGCAUAGGGUCAUGCCAGACCUCCUGGACGCCAUGCUGGGGAACCUGCUGGCAAAGUCCCCAGAUACCAACAAGCUCCACUACAUCUUGGAGCACAUUAACUACUGGAUGGUGUCCAGGGUGUCGCGUGAGAGAGCCAGGGCCAUUAGGAGCAGCGGGGCCCUGCUCACCUCCAUCAUCACCCUCCCUGACUUUGACAACUCAGCCGAAUUCCCCGAGAUGGGUCACCACGUGGCACAGCUGGCUCUGUCCAUCGGUGACCCAGACAAGGACAUCAGCCGGCAGGCCAGGGAGGGGGUUUUCCGGCUCUACCAACUGUUGCUGCACCAGAGGGACCUGACCAUCCACGAGGCCGAAGAGCUGUGGCUCCGGGACUGGCACCAGGACAGCAGGCUCCUCGGCUAUAAAAACACAGCCAGGGUCGGGGAGGUCUUUGGAAAGUUAUUCUCGGAGGGGCAGAGACGCUUCUUCCUGCGGACGGCAGUGCUGGCCAUGCACAACCCCCGGCUGCGUGUCAGCCAGGCUGGGCUGCUCCUCACUUACUCCCUGCUGGGGCAAGCCCAGCAGCUGCUGGGGGACAAGCAGGAGGAGGUCACCUAUAAGGUGACGCAACAACUGCAUAUCAUCCACAACUUGCACCAAGUGCCUGAGGCGGUGCAGGAGCUCUGCCUCCGAGGCCACCAGAUACUCCCGCUCCCUGUAAACGAGGAGUGUCGUCAGACUGAGUGGUCUCCCUCCGAGUGGGAGAGCAAGAGACCCCCUACACGCCCCUUGGAGGGUGGAGCCUAUAUUGCCCCGCCCCCCUCACCGUCAGGACCGGGGCGUGGCCAGAAGUAUAAAAGGCCGGCCGUGCUGCACAGUGGGGGGAGAGCCUGCAAGAGAGGAGGACGCUCAGCCUGUUCUCCAGAGGCCCUGACAGGAUCCCCAGGCGUGGACGAGGACUGGCCCGGAGUCCUCGCUGCGGUUUACUCCAAGGAGCCGGAAGAGGCCUGGAGGCCGCGGGUACCAAACCCUGGGGAAGCAGGAAGUAGCCCAGGGGCAGCCCCGGAGCAGCCGGCUGCAGAGCCCAGCACGGCUCAGUCGGCGUGUUGGGGCAGGAUCCCCGCCGACGCAGAGGCAGCCAAUCCUGCCCCUGCCAGGACCUUGUGCUGGGACACGGUGGAGUAGGGUGGGCCGAGUGGCUGACCCCCUACACGGUGCAAGGAGGCUCUAGCCCCGCCCAAGCUAGAGCCAGCCCUGUCAAGACUGUUUGCUUGCUGGCUUCCUGGUUCCACCCAAGCCAGAGCCCGUCCUUGAAGACUGGUUGUUUGUGGGCUGCUUGGGCUCUGCCCAGGCCGGAGCCACUCUGGUAGACUGUGCUGGGGGCUGACCACUUGAGCGACCCCAGCCCGGCAGGGCCGGCUCUACCAUUUUUACCACCACAAGGAAAAACAAAAAGGCGGCUCGGACUGCUGCUGCCCAAACUGCUGAAGCUGCCCGGACUCUGCUGCCCCAGGAAUGGCCGGUUUGCCGCCCCUUAGCAUGUGCCGCCCCAGGCACGUGCUGGCUCCGCUGGUGCCUGGAGCCGGCCCUGCAGCCCAGGCCGCAGCCUGGUAACGACAGUUGACUACUGUGGUGCGGUGACUGCCCCAUGCCCAUGCAAGAGGGCUCUUGAGUAGGCCAGAGCGGCUGUGCGGGCUGGCAGCCAAUCAGAGAAGGGCCUACUGAGAGCUAAUCGGGGCCGAGAUUAAAGCCAGCCAAUCAGGGCUAGGCUAGGCCCUAUAUAAUGGCUGCCCAGGAGCACAGCAGGCAGUCUGUCCCAGACCUUCAUGGAGGAAGGUCUUUCUCCAGAGCAGGAGACUGGAACCUCGGACAGAGCAGUGCUGGGCAGACUCAUGGGGAGCAUAGUAGAGCUCCGGCCCAAGACCUGCCAGACUGCGGACCCUGAUAGAAAGGGCCUAGAGGGUGCGAGGGGCCGGAGGGGAAGUGGCCCAGGGACAGUUGGACAAGGGGAGAGAAGGAGAGCAAGGAGGCUCCCACUAGAGGGUCCCUGGGUUGGUACCCAGAGUAGUGGGCAGGCGUAGGUCCCCCCCUUCCCUCUUGUACUGCACCAGGCCACGCGGUGGCCUAGACAACUUCCAACCAGCCCUUGAGACAAUGGGUUAGACUUUGGGGGCUGUGGUUGGCCACUGAGGCAGGUGCAAGGACUGUUGGUAAUCCCUCCGGAAGGGGGUGAGCAUGGACUAAGGGGCACUGCCAGAGAGCAGUGGCCUGAAGAAGGACACCGUCAAGUGGGGAGCAACGCGGGUCCAGACGCCAAGGGAGGACAAGAGACGGACAGGACACCGCCAGCAGAGCGCGCUUCCCAUAGACUGAGCUAAUUACCAGAGCGCCCAGCGGGAGGCGCCGUGGUGAUGAGCUCCAACUCCGUCACACGUGGUGGAGAAUGCAGGCACAGGCGGUCUGCCGCAAUGCUAAGGGCAAGAGCGAGGACUAGGCAGAGUGCCACAUUGAGAGACUGAGAGAAAAUGGUGGAGAAAAGAGCCUUCUAUUGGAGGCCUGGGUGGCUCAGCUCGCCGAGCAGCAGAGGGAGUUGUUCUGGCUGCUGCGGGGGUCGGCCCCCAGACCAAACGAAAUCCGGCCCCAUGGGCGAGAGGCCAGGGCUGGGAACUCUGAAUUGCUUCGGUGACGGGGACACUACAGAAGGGAGUGUCGCUCCUGGGAGGGGGCAGAGAGGCCCCACCCAGAAAAGGCUCCCCCUGGUUGUUGCGUCUGAGGGGAGCCGGGGCACCUGAAGAGAAGGAAGGGCCAGGGCCCAAACAAGCAGGAGUAGGGACAUGGCAGGGGGAAGACCCAGAAAGUGCUUCCACUGCCACAAAGGGGGACAUUUAAGGAGGCACUGCCCCCUGAGGCAGAAAGUGGGGGUGUCUGAGACAAGGGUUCGGUCUGAGACCCCAUCCAGGGAAGGGGUGGUGAAAACCGAGGACCCUAGAGAGAAAGGGGCUGGGGCAGAGAGGCCCCACUGAAAUGAGAGGACCCACAUAGGAGCCAGGAGGGCCAAUGUGGGAACCCAAACACAAGGAGGAACCCCCGUAGGACCAGGGUGGUCUACAGUGGGAACCCAGACCCUAGAGGUGCGGAGCAGGUUGCUCCAGACUGUGGAGGGUCUGAGAGAGGAAAGGGAUGCCCUGCGGGCCCAGCUGUGAGGGAAGCUGGGGCGAUAGGGACCCCCUUCCCCCCCACCCCAUGAGCAUUCUUAAGGGGGAGGGGGGUGGUGGGGUGGCUGCCCCACCCCCAUGUGAGAGGGGCUAGAGUAGGCCAGAACGGCUGCGCAGGCCGGUAGCCAGUCAAGGAAGGGCCUGCUGAGAGCCACUCGGCCGAGAUAAGAGCUGACCUUCCGCUCCUUAGCCCCAGCCCUUGCUGGGAAGCAGAGCCCCUGCGAGCUGAAAGUCGCCUCUCCCAGAGCCGCAGACACGGGGAGCGGCAGGAUUGCAGGCGGGGCUGAGCUCCAAGCUGGGCCAGCAAUGCACAGGCGGGCGAGAGGACUCGAUUCCUGUUUUGAAGACAGACUUGAUCAUGAGGAACCUGGGGGCCUCAGUCCCUUCAGCGACUGUAAUAGGCUCUGCCGCAGUCAGCUUAGGCAGAGGUGGACUCUGUUCUAGGCAAGGGACUUUUGGACAGAGCCUCAGAGGUAGCUGGUGCCUAACUCCCAGUUAAACCAAUAGGAGUUAGGUGCCUAAAUACCUUGGAGGAUGGGGCCUACAUGCCACGCAGAGGAGAGCAGAGGCAGAGGUGGCAGGGGCCUGGUUUAAUGGAAGGGGGCUGCUCUCAGCAGUGGCUCCUUGCCUCUGGAAGUGCCUCAGAGGCUGGCUCCCAGCCUCUGUGGGUUUGUUGCCCUUGUGACCUGCAGAUUCUCGCAGCCCUCUGGGGUGCCCAAGGAACCCAUCCACUUGAGAGAGGAACUGUGGUAAGAGGGAACCACGCUCACCCGAACACCCGUUUGGGCAUCGGAUCCCACUGCACCCUUGUCGAGAGGCAACCCCACCGCCAUGCUAGGGGACUUCUAAGGGUUCACUUGUGCUGUCCAACCCCAUUUACUCUAGUUAGGGGACUGAUAUUUGACAGCUACUUUAAACCAUAAAGGAGGGUUAUGGACAAAGCCUGAACUCUCCCUCUAGAAUGAUCUCUGGGCAAAGCAGUUCUAUUUCUGCUCUUCGGCAGUGGACUAGCCUAGAUGCAGACUCCCAGUGGAGGGGAUGUAGUCAGUCGGGAAGGAUUUCUGGAAUAUCAAAGGCCAGGCUGAGAGAGAGACUAGCUAACCUGCCAGAAACCCUGCUACUAGCCCCUUGCAUUCUGCUCCAGAGCCCCAAAAAUGCUCCCUGCAGAAACUGUGGCUACAGGGAAUGGGGAGAGUGACUGGACUGGUUCCUUUGGCCGCUGAGUACUAAAUACUCUGACUUUGUCCCUUUAAAGUGUACUUCUAGCAUUUGGCUGGUUUUUACUCAAAACAAGAAAAUAGGAUUCAGCGGCUGCCAGAUAAUUAUUUCCAGC